AUGUUUACAGCUUCUAAUUCUUUUUUUUUUGUUAUUGCUUUUCCUUUUUUCCUUUUUUUUUUUUUAAAUACUUUCACCGGUGAAGAGAAGAAGAUGAAUUUUGAGGAUCCCUUUGCAGAUGACUUACAGUCCCUUGAUGCCGUUAUGGCGCAGCUUGCUGCUGAGCAGGGUCGUCGGUCACGUCCACCACCACCGGAGAGCGGGACAUCCACCUUAUCCACAGCAAUAGCAGGCAGGUCAGCGGCAGGUCUUGAGGGCCGCACAGACAGACGUGACGCCGUGUCCAUUAAAAGCCUGGGGCAACAGGUGCAGCCAAUAGCCGCAUUUGCAACAGCGACAAGGAAACCAGCGUCCACAGCCGUAGGAAAGGAUGAGCCCGUGCCGUGGGAGAUGUAUGACAACCCUUCGACAACAGCACGCACACAUGCGUCUGCGACGACCUCGUGGGGGACGUCGCUCGUGGCACAUGUGGGUGGGAGAGACCGACACGACGCGGCUGCGGUUGGCCGGGGCGAUGGGGACGACGCCAGUGACAAAGAAGAUCCACUUGCUUUUCUUGAGAGGGCCCCAUCUUUGGCAGCGCCGGUUGUUGAGCAGAGUCAGGCCACAAAGCCCUUCGGGGCUGACGCCGCCUUCUCUCCGCAGAGGCAUAUGGAGGACGAAGGGGCGAGAGGACAGGCAGAAAGACGUGAUUUACUUUCGUCGCUGGACGCCGUUGGAAUGGAGCUUGAUCAGAUUUAUAGCACGUUAGAUAGGCUGCAAAUACAGGCAGACACGGAGCUAACGGGAUUAGAGACGACGAUCAUAGAGAAACAGACGGAACUUGCCAUCGGAGAGGACCGCAUUGCCAGCGAACGACGUCAAUACGAAUCUUACCACCAACGGCGUCUGAAGGAUAUAACGGAUCGCACCACAGAGUUGCUGCAACGGCAGGUGGAGGAGGUGACAUCAAUGGAGAAGGAGCAGUAUGAGGCCCAGUUACGUGCUCUCACGGCGGAAAUGGGGGAUGUCAAGAAUAGAAUAGAUCAGUUGCUUCAGCAGCGAGAGUUACUGCUACAGCAGCAUAGAUACGACGAGAAGGGCAUCUUCCUUGCCCUGGCAGAUGAGGAGGAGGCGAACGAAAAGAAAACAGCUGCGGAUGGUGGUGUCGGCACGGAUGCAGCGGCCGGUCCCACAAGUAGUACCAGUAGCGUUGAAACCAAGAUGAACGCCGCCCUCCGUCUUCUUUGGCGACAUCAUAAUGAGCAAAUGGAGUCUCUUGCAAGCGGCGUGGUGCGGUUUCUUCACCAAGAGGCAAUGGACGUUGCCCGUGAGGUGCGUGAGCGGCACGAGUUGGCGUACUUGCAGGAUGCCGUCACACGCAAGGAAGAACUUGGUGAGUUUAUGCAGGAAUUCCUACGGCGUUAUCGUGAGUUUUUUCAGCACCGUUCGGAGGUUAGGUCACGCAAAAUUGCUGCAUUGCGACGAGGAUUGCAAGAAGCGACGGAGCAACUGCGUCUGCGUGCCAGGCAGCGGCUGGAGAAACGUACGCAGGAGGUGGCAGCGCAGAUGGACGAGGCCGCACGUCGGUUUGAAAAACUUGCGUUGGAGUCUGCCGCGUGUGUGAGGCGAAAAGCUGCCGCGGUACGUGAGAGCGACGACAGUGUGGCCAAAAGCCAGCGAGCCGACUUGGAAAGUCGCUGUCAGAUGGAGCGGGCUGUCACGGAGAAGCUUCAGCAAUCUGAAAUGGAGACAUUGCAGCAACAGUUGGAAAGAAUGCGGCGUUUGGGCAAUGACAGCACCAGUGAGGACGACAGUGGGGUGCUGCGGAAACAAGUGGCAGAGGACAUGUGCACAGCGAGGGCAGAAUCCAUCACCGGCCAAGUGCGUGCAUUGGAGUCUUCUGUGCAGCAGCUACUCCGCCAGCAGCUCUUGAGGAAUCAGGCACACGGCGACAAGGGGGAGGGGCAGUUGUUUCUGACAGACGAGGAAAUUUUCUCGCGCAUGGCGGUGCAGGAAAAGGAGGCUGUCGUUCUUUCAUUGUUUGAAGAGGUGCAAAAGCGACAGAACGAACUGUCGGCAACACGCCAACGAUGUGGUGAGCUGCGGGAAGGCAUCGCCUUCAAAAUGCAGGAGGAGGUGCAGACUGUGCGGCAGCAACGCUUGGCGCAGGAGUCUCGACUUGCGAGCGUUGAGCUUCUCCGAAUGGCAUGGGAGAGGGAGCAGCGGGAGUUGCUGCAGUGGGGUUGUGACAUGAUAGUGACUCAUGGCGACUCCGCCAGCACUGUUUCUUCCACUGCACGCACGCAACUCCCGGCGGCCACCACGACGAUGGACCUCAUGAGUCUAAUCGCAGGGCGCAAUCAUGCAAUUAUGGAAGAGCGCUCGAAAUUGCGCACCAGGCGUCGUCAGCUUUUACACACGAUAGAGAAGGAGCGCGAGAAUGCUGUGGCAAAACAGCGCGAGACAGAGGGGCGGUGGGCACAAUUCUGCGAGCAGCUGGUUGGUCUCGUGGCGGAGGAGCAUGCGGUAUCGGCGCAGCGGUUUGCAGCGGCAACGGAGAUAGCGAAAAUGGCGGCGAUGCGGGAGCUGAUAAGUCACGACAAGGAAUUGUUUUGCCGGCACCGUGAGGAAAUGCAAGAGGAGGUGGAGCGGCUCAAGGGAAAGCUGCAGGCGACACUGACGCAACAGGCCGAAUACGACGCACUGCAACAGAAGAUUGCCUUGGAGCAGACGGCGCUGGCGCAGCAGCAGCGCCAAUUGGCCAUUGAACAGAGCCGUUUGGGGAGACCCGCUGCUUCUGCUGCUGCUGAGGAGGAGGGGGAGACACGGUGCCCACCCGCAAAGCAGCCGCCGCGCUCGGAUCGCCCACUCUCGCCCGGGGAGGCCUCGCUGCGUCGCCCCGUUGAAACCCUCCAGGAGGUGACGGCCCGCGAUAAUAUUCCCGUUCUACGAGAAAAGCCACAAUGGCAGCAGCAGGGGAGGGAGGCAAGAAGAAACACACUACCCCCCAGCAUGGCACGCCAGAACGCAGGGAGAAGUUUUAGUCACACUUCACUCUUCACGGAGGGGAUAGGAGAAAAAGCAUCCGCUGUUUAG